AAAGCUAAGACUGAAGUUGAGAAGUCAUGUCCUGGUGUUGUAUCUUGUGCAGAUAUCCUUGCUGUGGCCGCAAGAGAUGCUUCUUUUUCUGUCGGUGGUCCAUCUUGGACGGUAAAGCUUGGGAGAAGAGAUUCUACUACUGCAAGCAAAACUCUAGCCGAAAGCGAGCUUCCACACUUUCAAGAAAGCCUUGAUAGACUUAUCUCAAUUUUCUCAAACAAAGGGCUUAGUGCAAGAGAUAUGGUAGCACUUUCAGGUUCUCACACCAUAGGACAAGCUCAAUGCUUUCUUUUCCGCAACAGGAUCCAUAACCAAACUAAUAUUGACACGGGAUUUGCUAGCACUCGUC